UGAAUUCAUACUUAUAGAAAGGAAGAAGAAGCAGAAGAAGAAGAAGAGAGAAAAUGAAGAAGAAAUUAAAGAUAAAGUGAGCGAGUGAGAAAGUGAGAGAAAGAAAAUAAAGAAAAUAACUACUAUGAAGAACAAGGAAAAAGUGAGAGAGAGAUAAGAGAUUAGAGAGAGAUAAUAAUUUGAUAAAGAAAGAAAGAAAAAAAAAGAUAUUGAGAGAGAGAGAGAGAGAGAGAGAGAGAGAGAGAGAGAGAGAGAGAGAGAGAGAGAGAGAGAGAGAGAGGAGGAGGAGGAGGAGGAAGGAAGAAGUCUUCUCUCUUGUGCGGAGGAAGUAGAACCCUCUCUGACCUUGAAAGACAUCUCUCCUCCUCUUCCUCCUCCUCCUCCUCUCCUCCUCUUCCCUCCUCCUCCUCUCUUCCUCUUCCCUCCUCCUCCUCCUCCCCCUCCUUCUCCCUCCUCAUCCCCUCCUUCUCCUGUCACUCCUCCCCUUCCUCUCCCUCUAUAAUGAAUGGAGGAAAGGGAGGGAAGGUACCUCCUCUUCCUCUUCUUCCUCCUCCUCCUCCUCCUCCUUCUUCUCCUCCUCCUUCUUCUCCUCCUCCUCUUUCCCCUUCCUUCCUCCAGAAUCUUCAGCCUCGCUUCUGUAACUUCCUGGAAACAACUGCUGGAAAGAAAGUGUUAGUCCGCCAGGCCAGCAUGGAGGAAGUUGUUGCCAAAAUCCACUCUGGAAGUUGUCUUGUCAAAAUCCGCGCCGUCAACAAGCGAUUCCCGAGACACUACAAGGUUGACAUUGAUAACAUGAUGCUUGUCGGGGAGUCGCGGAAAUGGUGGGCGCCAGGGAGCUUUGCAGGCAGCGAUGGGGGUGAAAACGCAGUUCCCCUCCUGGACAUCACGGAGGUCAGGUCGGGCUGGAAGACAGACACGUUUAACAAGGUCAGCUCGCACCAGGAAAAGGUCAAAGAGAAGAUGGCGGCAGGAGGAGCGUCCAGCCCCAGAGUGUCCCCCACCCCCGGGCCGGAGGACGACCUGCUGGAGGAGGACCGCUGCUUCUCCGUCAUCUACGCCGGGGGCAAGGAGGUGCUGGACCUGGUAGCGGAGACCAUGGAGGACCGGGACGCCUGGGUCACCGGCCUGGGACACCUCGUGCAAAGUGUUCAAAGUCUGCACCAGGAGAAGCAAUAUGACGUGUGGCUCCGGAGACAGUUCCAGGAGGCGGACAAGGACAACAAUGAGUCGCUCAACUUUGCUGAGUGUUGCGUCCUGCUCAAGCAACUCAACAUCAAGAUGGACAAGACUCACGCCAGGAAGCUCUUCAAUCAAGCCAACACCAGCAAGCAGAAGCGAGGGGGUGAGCAGGUAUUGGAAGUAGAGGAGUUUGUGUCCUUCUACCACGCCCUGCUCAAGAUGCCUGUGAUAGAGGAGCUUUAUAAGAGAUAUGCGUCCGAGAAGACCUUGCUGAUGAACGCUGACCAGUUGGUGACCUUCCUGACCACUGAGCAGGGGCUGACCUCGCUCGGACCUUCGGAAGCUGACCAAAUUAUCCGCCAGUUUGAGAUCAGCGAUUUGAAGGACAAGGGAUUCAUGACACAAGAUGGCUUCUACCACAUGUUACUGUCGGACAAGUUUGAUGUCUUCGAGAGCAGGCACCAGAAGGAGGUUUGGCAGGACAUGUCAAAACCGUUGUCCCAUUACUACAUCUCAUCGUCCCACAACACGUAUCUUACGGGUCAUCAACUUGCAGGAGACAGUAGCGUUGAGGGGUACAUCAGUGCUCUCAAGAAGGGAUGUCGCCUUCUGGAGUUGGACGUUUGGGAUGGUGACGACGGCUGCCCCAUCAUCUACCACGGACACACCCUGACCACCAAGAUCACCCUGGAGGAUGUGCUGAGGGAUGGGGUGCGAGCCUAUGCCUUCCACGCCUCUCCCUACCCCGUCAUCCUGUCCAUUGAAAACCACCUCAGUGUGGAGCAACAGCGGACCAUGGUGGAGCUCAUGGAGGAUGUGCUGGGAGACAUGCUGUUGAAGGAGCCUGUCUCAGAAGACCUGGUGGCCCUCCCGUCCCCUGAGGCCCUCAAGAACAAGAUCAUAGUCCGGGGCAAGAAACCACAGGGGGUGGAUAUAGAGUCUGAUGAUGAUGAUGAUGACCAGGACGCCAUCGACUACAUUGAUAGUGACGAUGGGGCAUCACAGUCCAAGAAGGUUCGCUCUCUCUACCGAUCUUUCCGAAGUUCGAUGAGGCGGAAAAAUAAGGGCCAGAAGCCCCACAAACCCCUGGCGCCUGAGUUGACCCGAGUCGUCAAUGUUCUGGAAGGCAAGAAAUUCCUGACCUUUGAAGACGCGUUUGAAACAUACAAGUGCUACAACACCCCUUCUAUCGGAGAGACGAAGGCCAAGGGACUUCUCGAAACGCCGGAGAAAUUCGUGCGAUUCACCGAGGGACACGUGACCAAGGUUUACCCGUUGGGGACCCGCACGGCCUCCUCCAACCUCAAGCCGUACCCGUUCUGGAGCGUCGGGUGCCAGAUAGUGGCCCUCAACAUGCAGACAGAGGACAAGGCCAAUUUCUACAACACUGCUCUCUUUAGAAGCAACGGAAACUGUGGAUACGUUCUCAAGCCUCCAAUUCUGCUGGGAGAGAAACCGUACAGCCCAUCAGAUGCUGCAGAGAGGCCGGUGCGGGUGGUGCGCGUCAUGGUGCUCAGCGGUCAGCACCUCCCGGACAGUGCCAAGAAGGGCGACAUCGUUGACCCCUAUGUGCAGCUCAAGGUCAGGGGUCACCCGCUGGACCACCAGAAGCAGAGGACAAAGGUGGUCAAGAACAAUGGCUUCAACCCGGUCUGGAAGGAGACUCUGGAGGUCACUAUCAGGGUGCCGGAGGUGUCCCUGCUCUACUUCACCGUGAGGGACGAGAGCUCCCUGGCGGCUGACCCUGUUUUGGCACUGUGCUGCAUACCCUUCGCCUCCCUGGGCACUGGUUAUCGCCACGUACACCUGACGGACAUCACGGGGCGCUCCUUGGCACCCUCGGCCCUGUUCGUCCACGUGUCUGUCUCGGAGAAGUAACCCACCACACCACCACACCACCACACCACCACAGGCACUGACCUAACCUGACCUUAAUUUACCUUACCCUCCCUUCCCUUCCCUUACCUUAAUGUGUUCUAAAGCCAGAUAUAAUUGUGUUUCAAGAAUCUGUAUUGUUAGUAGUGAGAAUGACCUUAUUUUACCUUAAUAGAGUUGAACUUACCUUACCUAACCUUACCUUACCUUACCUUCCCUUACCUUAAUGUGUUCUAAAGCCAGAUAUAAUUGUGUUUCAAGAAUCUAUAUUGUUCAGUGGCAAUGACCUUAUUUUACCUUAAUAGA